AUGGGCUGCAAAGCGGCUGUAGACGAGACAAGGUGCUGCGGAGACAGAUCAUCCAGUCUGGGGUUUUCUCAAACAACACGCUCACAUGGUGUGCUGCAUCAAUCUUGGAAAUUCUUUCUUCUCACAUAUUUCAUUUCAUUAUCAUCAACAUUACUGCAUUGCAUUUUCAUCAACUCAACCCAAACACCCGCUCAAACUCAUUUACAAAAGCAUUAUCUAGAAAUGGCCAUUCCUAUCAACAAGUACAGCCCGACACGCGUUGGCAGAUCUGGAAGUAAGCAUGGGUCAGAGUCCUCGCUGGUGCCAAGCAGCCGUGGCUACGAAUCCGAGGAUCCCAGCGUCAACUACUAUGCAGGCGGCUACGAGAGCCAGUGGACCACGGCUGACAAUACCAGGACAUAUGUCAACCAGAAUCACUUGGCCCACAGCAGAAGCCCCACUCCUAGCUUUCUCCCGCCCCACCCUACAAUUGCAAAUUCCGUUGCUCACUCGGCUUCUGUCAGCAGCCAGCGGACUGUGGCUAACCACAGCACUGUCAAAAUAAACGAGCCGCUCGUAGCCGAAGCUCCGCUUGGCAAAAAGGCUCGGGCUUUGCUAAUUAUUUUGCGCAGCAUUCACACAUUAACGGGGUUAAUGCUGUUGUCAAGCAUUGGCGGGAUGCAGGCUUAUAUGCUGUUAAGCAAAAUCAGCAUACUAAUCAUUCCCCUAUUCAUUUGCAGACUGUUUUUAAUGUCGGCACUUGUAGUUUUCAUUCUUUGCGACUGGUCGCUACCCAAAAAGGUGCACUUCCAUUUCCCAAUGUACAGCAACAAGCGCUCUUGGAAGGGACUGGGGAUGAGCCAGCUGGUUAUUUCAAUGUUUGUUCUUGGCGACAGCGCACUGAUUAGCUUGGAGAAGGACAGAGAGGGAAGUCAGUUUGCGCGUAUUCUGUUUCCGCUGGUCGUCACGUUCAGCAGCAUGAUGGUUUUGGUAGGCCUCAUUUACUUUGUUCUUGGUGCCAUUGGCGGAGCAAAGCUCAAACGCAGGCUGACUGGCUGCUAGUAUUCUACUAUAAUAUAAAAGGCAUCCAAUAUGCUACUAGGUCUUCAUACAAUACAUCCAAAUAGCCUACACUGCCAAUCACGCAAUGUAUUCCAAUUUUACAGUUAAUUUGUGCUUCUUUAAUACCAAAUUAAUGUAGAAUAAUGCUAAAUGCC